GAAGUUAUUAUCCACAAAUUUUGGAAAAACACAUAGUCUCAAAUGGUCUUAGCCCAUUCUUUAGAAGGGUAGUUUCGUAAAAGCAACUUUCUUAAUAUAACAGAAGUAACUGAAAAUAACAAGAGCCUUCUUGUAAACUUGUUCUGGCGCCAUAAUCAAAAAACAUUUCUUUGAAACUUCACCACUGAAUUUGAUCGAUCACAUAAAAUAUUUCAGCUGUAAUUUUGUUUGAACGUUCAUGGAUUCGAUCAACGUUUCUGGGUCUCAAGGAAACUCGAACACUACUGUCUCUACUGGGUCACCUCCACGUCGACUCGGGUUGUCCAGGAAAAAAGGGAGGCCCAGGAAGGUUGCCCCCCCAUCACCGCCGCCGUCACCACCGCCGUCACCGCCUCCGCCGCUGCUGCUGCCGUCGCCUAAAAGAGGGAGAGGAAGGCCUCCUGGGUCUGGUAACCGCCAACAGCUUGCUGCUAUAGGUGGAUUGCUUAGAGAAACAGCCUGUAGAGACUUCAAAUCACAUGAGAUCACUAUUGAUUCUGGAGAGAAUGUUGUACAAAAAAUUAUGUCUUUUGCUGCGAAGGGUCCCAGAGGAAUUUGUGUUCUCACUGCUAGUGGACAAGUUUCCAAAGUUGUCAUUCGUAAACCUGAUUCUUCUUCUGAUCAUGAGACACUGACACGAGAGGGCCAUUUUGAGCUACUGUCCUUAUCUGGAUCAUACACUUCUACUGAUGCAACCGGACGUCCGACCGGUGGCCUGAGUGUCUCAUUUGCCGAUUCUAAUGGCAAUGCCAUCGGCGGUGCUCUUGUCGGUACACUAACAGCUGCUAGUCCUAUAAAGAUUGUUUUUGGAAGUUUCAUACCAUAUGACAACCGACAUAAAAAGACAAGGUACCGAAAAUCGUUGCGGGCUAGGGCCGACAAUGCUGUGCCUGUUGAGGCGGAACCACCACAACACAACACAAGAACAGCAAUUGCUUCUACUUCUGCCAACCCGAAUAAUGGCGGUAAAUUUGGUGGUCGGAAAAGUGGCGGUGGUCGGAAUAUUUGAUUUGGUUUAUCUCCAUGAUAUGAAUAACAACAUUUUUCUUUGUUUGGUUUUUGAGGCUCACAUGUUCAGUUAAUAUAGUUUGUGUUAGAGAAAAUCACUUGUUUUAACAGAUUUGUGAUUAGAUUUUACAUGAAAUUAGUUUUGGAUUAUUGGAUGUCCUGUUUUUGCAUUUGAAGAUUAACAAGCUUUUAUACAUUAAUACAAUCUCGAUUACUUGAUUAA